UUUUUAUGCAAACCCGACAGGUAUAGUUUCGGAUUACUUCAGACACUUCGAGGAAAAUAAAAACAAAAACAUCAAAUAAGAAAUGGCAGAUGAACUUUUACCACUUUUAGGCAUUCAUGUACCACCUAACGAUGAUGACAGCUCUGACAGCAACAGUGCUGGAACAGAUGAAGAAGAGUCUGAGAUGGAACAGGAAGCUGAUGUUGCUAAUGGUAACCAACAGGAAGCUGAGGGUGGCAAGAAAAAAGAUAAAAGAAAAGCCAAGAAAUCAAGUGAAGCAUCCAGAAGCAUGUCCUUUGAUUCCUCACUUCCUAGCUCUCAUACUUACUUAGGAACUGACCUUGAAGAAAUCAGUGGUAGAACAAUUUUGGAAGAUGAUUCAGUGAUAGAGCUUCCACUAGUUACCCUUCCAGGAACUAUAUUGGUUCCUGGCCACAUUAUACCACUAUACUCUCAUAUGCCACAAGAAGUGGCCAUGCUGAAAAGUGUGUUGGAUUCUUCAGACAAAACAUUUGGUGUGGUUGCUCUUAGAAUGGAUGAGGAUCAUCGUUAUGAUAUAGCAGGUAUAGGUACAACUGCUGAAAUAUACUCGGUUAAAAAUGAGAUGGAUGAUGCUUCAGGUAUAUCAACAAUAACAGUACUUGCCCAGGGCAGACAGAGGUUUGAACUGAAAGAAUAUAGAAGAACAAUAACUGGUAUCAUAAUGGGAACAGUGAAGAUUUUACCAGAUACAGAGUUAAAUGAUGUGUUUGAAGGUGUACGGCCUCAUAUACACUGUAAACUAUGUUGUCUGGAGGACAAUGAGGAAGAUUUCAAGGUGGCAAUGGAUAGACAAGGUCGUAUCAUCUCAUGUGUAAAAAUGACCCCAAAAUCGAAGAUUAACAGAUUUAGUGCUGCAAAUUUCACAUGGUGGCCACCGUGGGUGUAUAAAAUGUACGACACUGAAUUGUUAAUGAAGAGGGUGAAGACAGAGUUACAGAAGUGGGAUGAUACCCUUAGUUCCAGUAAACUACCUAGUGAUGCCACCAAAUUAUCUUACUGGGUUACACAAAAUAUACCAUUAAAUGAUAGCCUAAAAUUACACCUGUUAAGUAUAAAUAAUGCUGUUCAAAGAUUAAGAUGUGCUCUACAUAUUAUUUGUAAGUGUUCUGUUUUAAGUUGCAAAGAUUGCAAUGAGCAGAUAGCAGAUAUGUCUAAUGUAUUUAGUAUGUCUGUAUCUGGACCGCUGUCAGCAUAUGUUAAUCCAGGAGGUCAUGUACAUGAAACUGUCACUGUACAUCAAGCUAUUAACUUAAAUCUGAUUGGACGACCUUCAACUGAACACAGCUGGUUUCCAGGAUAUGCAUGGACUAUUGCACAGUGUAAGAGAUGUUCAAGUCAUAUGGGAUGGAAGUUUACUACAAAAAGAAAAGAUUUGAUUCCUCAGAAAUUCUGGGGAUUAUGUAGAACAUCACUUGUUCCUGGAAUAUCUGACAGGGAGCAGAAAGAUCAAGUUGACUGGACACCUGUUAUGUGAUUUAUAAAAGUUUACACACACAAAAAACAGUCUAUCAAUUACAAGUCAUGUAAUUUAUAAAAGUAAUGUCUGGCAUUACUUGUGUAACAUUGACAAUAUCUACAAUACUUAUUUUAUAACCAUUUAACCAUUCAUUCUUAAGAAACUAGACAACAGUUGUGGAACUGGAUAACUAGACAACAGUUUCUUUUAUCAAUUUUGAAUCCUGAAACAACUUGUGAACUAAAAAGAUAAAAAUUCUUAUCAAUGUUGUUGGUUAAGCAAAGUAUGGUUUUUGAUGCUUACUGCUAAAAAUAAGAUUUAUUUUGGCUUAAGGUACACACAUGGAAAUACAACAACAUGUAAUGAAACAUUAUAUGAGCCCAAUCACAUGACACAGUUUCAACAGCAAGGAUAACACAAAAAAGGGUACCCCCUAGUGGUUCCUAAGUUUUUGUGGCACAACAUAGAAGGGUGUGGCAAUUAUGACAAAGAAAUGCAUAUUCUUGUGAAUAGUUAUGAAAAUGUUAAUUGGAAGCAAAUUUUUUUAAUGUUGAUGAAAUUCGGUAAUCAAUGAAUCAUGUAAUGUUAAAUAUAUUAUAUAAAGUAUUAAUUUAUAUACUGAAGACAAUGGAGUCUUGCUUUGCAGAAUGUAAUGUACCCCAGGUUUUUGUUAAAUACUGUUAAUGUGUAUGCUCCCUGUUGUGUAAUAUACAUUGUAUAAUUAUAAAAAAAAAUUUGAUAUGAUCUAUUGUGCUGUAAAUUAAAAUUGGAUACUUGGCCUAUAAAUCUAUAUAUAUAGCAAUUUCUAGUCUUUCAGAUAUACAUGUGUUUGUGGUAUGUUUGAGUUAAACAUAUUUAUUGUAAUAAUAAUUGCUUUAGAUUUCAUAAUUGAAAUUAUUGCAGAUGAAAAAGAAGAUAUAACAAUAUUUGUUUGAAGUAUUAAUUUUUUCAUAUAACUUUCUAUGAAGCUUUGAAAGCUUCAAAAUACAUGAUAUAUGAUACUUUUCUAGCUUAAAAUAUCAACUUUAUUAUGUACUGUUUGCUUAUAUUGUAUAGACAGGAGUUGUUUUGUAGUUUUAUAUAAGUUGUUGGUCUUAUUAGAUUUAAAAACUGCUUUGAUCUAUUUAGUUGACUCACUAAAAUCUAUUGCUUUAUGAAAUACUUUUAAAUGUCUUAAUCACACUGCAAGUGUUUUUAGUGUAAUCAUUCAUGUUUUUAUAUUGAAAGUGCACCUCACAGACUGUGUUUAUGUUGGUAUAGUUAAUCCACAUUUCUGUUUUAGAUACAUUGUACAUGUAUUAUAUAUCCUUAUUGUUCAGCUUUAAGUGAAAAAAAUAAAUGGAUUGAUUUGAAGAAAGAAAGAAAUAUGUGACAUGCUGUUUUUUUCUACAUGAUAAGAGUAUUUGCUACAAUAAAAAUUUUUAUGGAUGAUUGAUAACUAAUAUUUUCAGCAUUCUGAAAAUUUGAAGGAAUGUUGAAAAACUUAAAGAUCUACUCUGCUCAAUUUUGAUAUUUGAAAAUAUUGCUACACAGUUUCUUUGUAAAUAUAAAACAAACAUGUUUGGACUAAACACAAAGUAGAUAUGUUAUGUUUUAAAUUCUACACCAUAGGUGGUGACAAUACCUAUGUAUAAAGUCAUUAAAAAACUGGCAUUUUUUUUAAGAAAAGACCAACUUUACUUGACCGGUCAUAGAGAUUGCAACUUCCCAUAUAUAGUUUAUUCCUUCUUUAUUUUAAAUAAGACAUAUUCAGCAAGAAUUGCAUACCGUAUAACUGGUUAUUUCUGCGGGUGCAAAUUUUUGCGUUUUGGACUGGAAAAGGGUAUAUUAAUUUUUGCGAAUUUAAUUUCUGCGUUUUUCAUCAAAAACUUUUAUAAAAUUUAAUUUCUACGUUUUUCUAUUAAAUUUACAGCAUACAAACACAAUCUUACUAAACUUAUUAUGGGAUAAACUACAUGUAAAAUCCUUUGUGAUAAUUGACUACACCGAGAAAGCGUUAUAAACAUCUCACAUUUCUUUAUUAUACAAUACAAUACAGUUUAUUUUGCAACGUUUCUAGCAUAAUAAUAGACGAUUUUCACUAGAGCUAAAGGCUACCAGCGGGUAGUGUGUAUUGAUUAAUUUAACAGCUAAAUUGAGGUGACAAACGGGGUAAAUUACAUAUAAAACUAGGAAAUAUUUUCGAAUUUAAUUUUUGCGGUAGGAAGGGGCCGGCAAAAUAUCGCAGAAAUUAGCUAUCCGCAGAAAUAACCAGUUAUAUUUCAAUAAAUUUCUGUGAUUAAGAUAUUUUACUCGAGGAUGAGCAUAGUAUAUCAUUAACAUUUAUGAUUUUAUUACCCUGUAAACUUUUUAGUUUAAAAUGUUUUACUUUGAACCCUUACAACAUGUUAUAUUUAAACAAGUGACAAAAUAACUACAUGUAAUAUUGUGAAUAUGGAGAUAGAAGAAAUAAAUGACUGUGAUUUUUUCAA